AUGGCGACGGCGGCGUCGGCGCCUCGGGUCGCGGUGGGUCAGGGUGCGAGUAUGUGCGCGCGCGCGCGGUCGCGAGGACGUCGGGUGCGGUGGAUUCGGGCGCGUGGGAUCGAUUUCACCGACGCCGGGUGCUUUGAACUCGCGUACGCGCCGGUGGGGGAGUCGCUCAUUCCGAGCGGGCCGUGGAAGACGAUCGAGGGUGGGGUGUGCGCCGCUCGAGGGUUUAAAGUCGCGGGGUAUAAAGCGGGACUGCGGGCGAAGGGAACGAGGGCGGAUUGCGCGCUGAUCGUCGCGGACGACGACGCGACGUGCGCGGGGAUCUUUACCACAAACGUCAUGUGCGCGGCGCCGGUUACGUUUUGUAAGAAACAAUUGGCGGGAAAGACCACGGCGCGGGCGCUGUUGAUCAACGCUGGUCAGGCGAACGCGGCGACGGGUGAUGCGGGGGCGGCUGACGCGCGAGAGACCUCCAAGGCGUUGUCCGAGGCGCUCGGCGUCGCCGAGGAGGACAUUUUGCUCAUGUCCACGGGCGUCAUCGGCAAGCGAAUCAAGAUGGAUAAGUUCUUGCCAGGGAUUCCAAUCUUGGCGGCGAACGUCGAAAAUAGCACCGCGGCGGCGAUGGCGGCGGCGACCGCGAUUUGCACCACGGAUCUCGUUCGUAAGACGGCGGCGAUUGAGGUGGACAUCGGCGGCGUCGCCGUUCGCGUGGGCGGCAUGGCCAAGGGAAGCGGGAUGAUUCACCCGAACAUGGCGACCAUGCUCGGCUGCGUGACGUGCGAUGCCUCGGUCGCGCCCGACGUUUGGCGCACCAUCACCUCCCGCGCCGGCGCCGCGUCGUUCAACCAAAUAUCUGUCGACGGAGACACGAGCACGAAUGACUCGCUCGUGACGUUUGCGAGCGGCAAGGCUGGGAACGCCACCAUCACCGACGUGAACAGCCCAGAGGGUAAACUUCUCGAGCAAGCGUUGACCGCCAUGUGCAGAGGUCUCGCCAAGGCGAUCGCCUGGGACGGCGAGGGCGCGACGUGCUUGAUCGAGUGCAACGUCUCCGGCGCGACGGAUGACGAGGACGCGCGCGUCAUCGCGCGCUCCGUCAUCUGUUCGUCCCUCGCCAAGGCGGCCAUAUUCGGCCACGAUCCGAACUGGGGUCGAUUGGCCUGCGCCGCGGGCUACGCCGCCCCGGUGAAGAACCGUUUCGAUCAAAAGGAUCUCAAGCUCACGCUCGGUCCGAUUCAACUCAUGGACAAGGGCCAGCCGCUCGAUUUCGACGCCGUCGCCGCCAGUCGUUACCUCAAGGAAACCACCGGCGUGCACGGCACCGUCGUCGUCGACAUCUCCGUCGGUAACGGUCCGGGCAAAGGUCAAGCCUGGGGGUGCGACCUCUCGUACGAUUACGUCAAGAUCAACGCCGAGUACACGACGUGA